AUGUCCGAUCACCCUACUGGUUCAGCGAAACCGGAUGGAACAAUGCAUGGACCUCGUCGAUCCGUCACAGCACCUGAGUUGGCUCAAGCGCUUGGGCAACUUCCGUCUUCACGUUGGAAAUGGUUCCCAGGCGUAGUAGAAGAGAAGUCGAAGUCGCCGAGAAAAUCUGUAGACAACCGACUGAACGACCUCGAUGCAGAAGCACAACAUCAUCACCGUGGUGAAGGUCAGGCGGAGGACUCAGGCCAAACGACCGACGAGGCGAAGGACACUGACAACGACGCCAGAGAUGAUCCCGACCUCGACCUCGAACUCAGACCUAUCACAUCAACAAGAAACUGGGUAGUAAGAAACCUGUCGCCUCCACCCCGACGACUACCCAAGUCUGGAGCAUGGCAAACAUACUUCAUGCAAGAAGUCGCAGGCGACAAGUAUCUCGAAGCGCAACUCCUCCUUAUGACGAUUGUGACUGGCGCCCUUGAUGUAAUGACCUACAUGACCUACCGCGUCUUCGCAUCGAAACAGACUGGCAACACACUCUUUCUCGCUCUAUACGCCAUGGAACUUCCAGCACUAGAUCCCGGCGUCGAGAAGAACGUAGGAGUUUCGAUGGGCGUCUUCAUCGGCGGAGCAGUAUUCUUCGGACACAUCGGACACAUCUCUCGACAAAGACGAAGAAUCUGGUUACUGAUAUCGAACUUCUUCCAAGCUGCUCUCUUCCUAGCCGCUGCUGCGAUGCGAUACUGGGCUUCGAGAGACGGGACGGGCCCCGGAGCGAUGGGAAUUCUUGCGGUAUUGUCGUUCGCCCAAUCUGGACAAAUAGCGAACGCGCUGAAUGUGGGGAUGCCGGAGCUGAACACUACGAUGAUUACCGGAGCGUUGAUACAACUUUGCACGGAUCCGGAGAUCUUCAAACUGCAUAACCUGAAGCGCAAUCGGAGGUUUGCGUUCUUCUGUUCGAUGCUUCUGGGGUGUUUCCUUGGAGCAGGAGUUUUGAAGGCAUCGAGCCCGAGUGCGCUUCUCGUCUUGGUUGCUUCAAUGAAAGGUGCUCUAGUAUCAACAUUUCUAUUCAACCGCGGAAUCGUCGAGAAGAAGACACAUCUAGAAAACGGAGAGAAGAAAAUCGAAGGCCACGCCACACCCGUCACAAGAGUCCUUUGGGGAGAUUGA